UUUGCAACACUUUCGUUAUAUACGUAGUUGAUUACUUAGUCUAAAUUAGUGAGUCUUCCGCUUUACUCGAGUACUGAUCCGUUCAACGCACAUACAACAGAUUUAAUAGAAGAAUGAAGCUCUAUUGGGUUAUCCUGUUUGGAUUCGCGAUAUCUAUCGCAGCAGCAGGCGUAAUAAUAAAUACAGAAACCUUCGACUUUUGUCAACCAGGCAGUUGGAUCCUCACGAAUACAACAAUUACGUGGUCCAAUGAUACCAAUGGUACCAAUGGUACCUAUCAAAUCGUGGGAAACAUCACAUUUAGUCAGUGCUUGUGGUGUCAGAUAUAUACAAUACAUGUCAUAAUAACUGGCUGCAAGAAUCAAUCCGCAUGUAUGACACAGCCGAUGGGGUGGGUUGAACAGGUCGAUUGCAACAGCGAAAAUCUCACAAAUUCGGAUCUCGAAGCUUGCAUGAUUGCACAGGAAGUGGCAAAGCUAGAACAGGAAAGGAAAUAUUUAAUUAGACGAUAUGGAAGACUGUUUGCACAGGCGUUCUUCGCCUAUGAGUUCUGUAUUGAUUUAGCUAAUAUAAAUCUUAAUAGCGAUGGAGAAUCGAAUGAAUCGAAUGGAUCGAAUGAAUCAGGUAACACAGGCUAAAAAAAAAGAUAAUGGUUCGAAAUAAAACAAAUAAAUUGCUCAAAAAUAGAUGAGAUAAGUGAAAUAAGUCAGGCAAAAUAAAUUUAAUAAUUUCGCAAAAACUAUUUUUUGAGAUAUAUUGUAUCUUUUACGCAUGAUUACUAUCGUUUAAUUAAACUAUUAUAUGUUAUAAGAAAAAUGUAUUGUGUAUAUACUAGCACAUAUAUUUAAUCACAUUAACACUUAAUGUUUAAAAUCCGAACGAUAAUGUGCAUACAUCGCACCGUUUAUACAUAUGUACCGGUUUUAUGUAUGUCAAAAAAGUUAAGUAUUGAAAUAAAUAAAUCGCACAUUUAAAGCUUAUGCAUACA